UGCAAGCCCAGGGAGCUAGAGCCAUAAGAAAACUCCCCAACCCCAGACCAAAGAUUCUCUUCAGUCUUCUCAACUAACUACAAAUCCCUCCUUUUUUUUUUGUUUUCUUCCCUUUCCUGUCAACAAGAAAACAGAACAGAAACAACAGAACAUGUUCUCCAAAUCCAGCAAAGCAAAACCAUGGCAAAUUCCUCUUCUUUCAACAACCGCAACGCUGUAAUAACCUCAAUAUUCCUUGUCUCAUUCCUUUUAACAGUUUUCCUCUUCAACAAACGAGCUCUUGAGCCCUCUCUCUCUUUCUACAGAGAUUUCUUUCCACAAAGAGCUACUGCCCCCCUCACUUCCUCCCCCAAUUUCACCCUUCCUGACUCAGAACAACCAGUUGACUCAGCGACUAACCAACCCGUUUCUCGAAAUGAGACUAUUGAGUCCAAAACUGGUGAUGAUUCAACUAAAGUGGAGGUGUCUGCUGAAAAUGAGAAAGACAACCCAGAUGGGGAUUUUGAGUCUGGUGGGGGUUCGAGUGAUAACUCAACACAUGUGGAGGUUUCUAGUGAAAACGAGAAGGACCCAGAUGGGAAUUUGGAGACAGGUGCGGAUUUGGAUGGUAAUGGUGAUGAUAAGUUGAUGACGAGUUUGAAAAGUUGUGAUCUUUUUAUGGGUACUUGGGUGAAAGAUGAAGAGUAUCCGAUUUAUGAAGCUGGUUCUUGUCCUUAUGUUGAUGAGGCCUUUGAUUGUCAAGGCAAUGGAAGGAAAGAUUCUGAUUAUCUUAAAUGGCGCUGGAAGCCUUAUGAUUGUGAUCUUCCAAGGUUUAAUGCAACAGACUUCUUGACAAGAUUGAGAGGGAAGAGGCUCAUGCUAGUUGGAGACUCCAUGAAUCGAAAUCAGUUUGAAUCGAUGCUAUGUCUCCUCCGUGAAGGCCUGCCUGAUAAGAGCAAAAUGUUUGAGAUCCAUGGCAACAAGAUAACGAAGGGAAGAGGCUACUAUGUUUUCAAAUUUGUGGUGCUUGGGCAGGAUUAUGAGUGUACUGUGGAAUUUGUGAGGUCACAUUUCCUUGUGAAAGAAGGGGUGCGCAUAAAUGCACAAGGAAGCUCAAAUCCAACUUUAUCUAUAGAUGUAAUUGACAAGACAGCUGGCCGAUGGAAGAGGGCUGACAUUCUGGUUUUUAAUACUGGGCACUGGUGGGCUCAUGGAAAGACAGCUCGAGGGAAAAAUUACUAUAAAGAAGGUGACUAUCUCUAUACAAAGUUUGAUGCAGUUGAGGCUUACAGAAGGGCUCUGAAGACCUGGGCAAAAUGGAUUGACCAAAAUGUGGAUCUGAAAAAGCAGUUAGUGUUCUAUCGUGGAUACUCCUCAGCCCAUUUCAGAGGUGGGGACUGGGAUUCAGGAGGGACAUGCAAUGGGGAGACUGAACCAGUUUUAAGUGGGGCAAUUCUCAACAACUAUCCUGUCAAAAUGAAGAUAGUAGAGGAGGUAAUUCAGGAAAUGAAGAAUCCAGUUACACUACUAAAUGUGACAAGGUUGACCAAUUUUCGAAAGGAUGGACAUCCAUCAAUCUUUGGCAAGAACGCAACUGCAGGGAUAAAGGUUUCAACAAGGCGCCAAGACUGCAGCCAUUGGUGUGUUCCAGGUGUCCCUGAUGCAUGGAAUGAGCUGAUAUAUGCAACUUUGCUUCAACAAACAGUUUCCAAGAGUUGAAACAGCAAUCUUCGCUUCCAUUUUAAACAGGGAAAUUUUUUUUAUAGUUUUACUUUGACUAGGUACGGAGAAUUCCAAGUUUUGUGUUGUACAAGACUUGCAAUGUGAGUUCUGGAUUUGCAAGUCAUGGAAAAAUAUUUUUUCUUACAACCAUUUAUUGGUGCAUGAUAUAUUCAUACAUAUAUAUAAACAUA